GCAGGAGAAGAAGAAGAUGGGCGGCGACGGUGGGGCUGGCAGAGUGGAAGGGGAGCUCGCCAUGGCGAGGGCAGCGAUUAGAAGAUCUGUAACAUCCGCCAGAAAUGCUUCGUCAUCGGGUCUCCUGAGUGUUCCUGGUGAGGACGUGCCGUUCUACGCCGCCGUCUACCGGAAUCCCGCCGCUUUCCUCCGGAGUUACGAGGAGAUGGAGAAGAGGCUCAAGGUGUACGUGUACGAGGAAGGCGAGCCACCGCUGGUGCACGACGGGCCAUGCAAGAACAUCUACACCACCGAGGGGAGAUUCAUCUCCGAAAUGGAAUAUUCCGGCAUGCGGACGCGGAACCCGACGAGAGCCCACGCCUUCUUCCUCGCCUUCAGCGUCACCAACAUGGUACACUUCCUCUACCGCCCCGCCAACUCCGACCGGACCAAGAUCUGGCGCUUCGUCACCGACUACGUCAGCUCCGUCGCCUCCAAGCACCCCUUUUGGAACCGCUCCGCCGGCGCCGACCACUUCAUGCUCUCCUGCCACGACUGGGGGCCGUCGGCGUCGAUGGCCAACCGGAAGCUGUACGAGAACUCGAUACGGGCGCUUUGCAACGCUAACACCUCCGAAGGUUUCAAUCCGCGGAAGGACGUAAGCGUUCCGGAGAUCAAUCUCUACGACGGCACGAUCCCGGCGGAGCUCCAGCAGCCGGCUGCUCCUGGCCUCUUAGCCCGGCCGUACCUCGCUUUCUUCGCCGGCGGCAGACACGGCGCCAUCCGCCAGGAGCUCCUCCGGCUAUGGAAGGGCCGGGACCCGGAGAUGCCAGUGUUCGAGUACCUCCCCGGCGGCCGCGGCGGCAAGGAUUACUCCAACUACCUUCUGCAGUCGCGGUUCUGCCUGUGCCCGAGCGGGUACGAGGUGGCGAGCCCGCGGGUGGUGGAGGCGUUGUACGCGGAGUGCGUGCCGGUGAUCGUGUCGGAGAGCUACGUGCUGCCGUUCAGCGAUGUGCUGAGGUGGGAGGAGUUCUCGGUGGCGGUGCCGGUGGAGGAGCUGCCGAAGCUGAAGGACAUACUGGAAGCAGUGCCGCCGUCGAAGCUGAUGAGGAUGAGGGAGGGGGUGAAGGCGGUCAAGAGGCACUUCGUGUUCAACUCGCCGGCGAAGAGGUUCGACGUGUUCCACAUGAUACUCCAUUCCGUGUGGCUCCGGCGACUCAACGUCAAGAUUCUAUAG